AUGGAGGAAGAUGACACUUUAGUACGAGAAGAUGACCCAAAAUCCCCCUGCAACAUCAGUUCUGAAUCAUGCCGUCUUUACUUCAAGGGUUUGAUCAAAGAGGAAACAACUACGGUUUUGGCAGGAUAUGGGGUUGCCAUCUGCGACAAAGACAACAAUCUGUUGUUUCAGACGAAGGGAUCACUUCACGACUCGGCCACUACAGUUCUGGAGGCUGAGCUUAUGGCAUUGAGCCGAGGACUAAUUGAAGUUGUGCGUUUAAGGAUCACUCAUAUCGCAAUUUACUGUGAUUAUCAAACUAUUUUUGAACUGGUCAUGGGGAGAUAUGCGCUUGAGCAAGAUAACAUUGCCCUGCUAAUGGAUGAUGUGCAACGCAUCAGACAACAAUUGAGAUCUAGUGUCCCUGUUCUGGUGACUGAAGAUCAAACUAAGUUUGCUUAUAAACUUGCAAUGGAGACUAUAGUUUCUGAAGUCAGCAUAACAAAGACAAGUUAUCGCUAA